AUGAAACAGUCAUUGUUUGUUUCGGAAAUUGCCCUAUAUGAUAUUGCAAAUGCCGCAGGUGUUGCUGCCGACUUGAGUCACAUCGAAACUCGUCCUACUGUCACGGGUCAUACUGGACCUGAUGAAUUAAAGAAGGCUCUUGAAGGUUCGAAGGUCGUGCUUAUUCCUGCCGGUGUCCCACGGAAGCCAGGUGCGUGGCAAAUUGCCGUUUAA